AUGGUCUUCCCCCUUGGGAUCACCGCAACAGUCCUUCCUCCAUCGUCAUCGAGCUCCACAGGCGCUGCCACGUCAGCGUUCUCUAGCCCCAACGAUGGUCGUUUGCCGCUCGUUUCGUUUCAGGGAUUGCGUAGACCAACGCCGGUUAGGGUGGAGGUGCCGGCGGGGCGGCAGCGGAAGGUGAAGUACCUGCUGCUGCAGUUCGCGGAUGGCUCGGCGAAACUCAGUGCGAAGCAGGCGAAACAAGUGCUGUACCGAUUUGGCAUCGCUGGUCCCCCUGGCCGCUCCCCCCCCCUGAGCAAGAUGAACGACGCGAGUGCGUGGGAGAAGCGGCAGGCGAAGGGCAAGGAGGCAGUGGAGCGCAUGGUGGGCGAGAUGAUGGACGUCUAUGUCAAGCGCCUGCGUCAGCGGCGCCCCGUGUACCCCAAGUUUGACACAGAAAUGCAGCGGUUUGGGGAGUCGUUUGCAUACAAGCCAACCCCUGACCAGGAGCAGGCAUUCUUAGACGUGGAGAGGGACAUGUGCGAGAGGGAGACCCCGAUGGACCGCCUCGUGUGUGGCGAUGUGGGCUUCGGCAAGACAGAGGUGGCGGUACGGGCCAUCUUCAGAGCAGUUCUCGACAAGAGACAGGCCAUGGUACUUGCCCCAACCACGGUGCUGGCCAAGCAGCACUACAAGGUCAUAUCUGCGCGCCUCAAGGACUAUGGCGUUCGCGUGGCUCUUCUCUCGCGAUUCCAGAAGGAGAGUGAGAAGAAGGAGGUGCUAGCAGGGAUAAGGGACGGCACGCUAGACGUGGUUGCAGGCACACACUCUUUGCUGGGCGCGCAGGUGGUCUACCACAACCUGGGACUGCUCGUGAUCGAUGAGGAGCAGCGCUUUGGUGUGAGGCAGAAGGAGCGAAUCAGCAGCCUCAAGACGAGCGUUGACGUGUUGACUCUUUCAGCCACCCCCAUCCCCCGCACGCUCUACAUGUCCAUGCAUGGGUUCAGAGACGCAAGUCGCAUCACCACCCCGCCUCCCGAGCGCCAGCCCAUCGACACCCACCUCUUGGAGUUCGAUUUGGAGAAUGUCAAGAGAGCGAUAGGGGACGAGCUGGAGAGGGGUGGACAGGUGUUCUAUGUGGUGCCGAGGGUUGAAGGCAUAGAGGAGAUCCAGAUGCUUCUGGAGGAGCUCUUCCCUUCAACCCGUGUUGACGUGGCACAUGGCAAGCUUCGCCCCACUGACCUUGAAGCAGUGAUGGAGCGAUUUGGAGAGGGGGAAAUAGAUGUGCUGGUGUGCACGAGCAUCAUUGAGAGCGGGAUUGACAUUCGCACAGUCAACACGAUUGUCAUUGAGGAUACACACCUGUUUGGAUUGGCGCAGAUCUACCAGCUGCGAGGGCGUGUGGGUCGAUCCAGCAGUUCAGCCCAUGCCUACCUCUUUCAUCCUCCCCUGCACUGCCUAACGCCUGAAGCUCAGGAGCGGCUGAGGGCGCUGCAGCAGCACAGUGGGCUGGGGGAGGGGUACCUGCUGGCGCAGAGGGACAUGGACAUUCGGGGCAUUGGAGACGUGUUUGGAGAGCGGCAGAGCGGGGAUGUGGGUGGGGUUGGGUACUACCUGUUCAUGGAGAUGCUUCACGAGACGCUGACCCGGGUGGAACAGAAGAGUCUCCCACGAGUGCAGUUCAAGGAAGUACGGCUGGACCUGCCUCUCGCCCCGCUGCCUCCCAUCCCAGCAUCCUAUGUUUCCGACGCUGCAGUGCGAGGCAGCCUGCCCAGGGAGGCAGAGGAGGCAGCAGCAGAGGGCAUGCCGGCUCUGCUGGCGUUUUGCAGGGAGAUGCGCGCCGAGUAUGGGGACGAGCCAGCGCAAGUGGAGGUGAGUUGA